CCACGAAGGAUGUGGGUCUGGUAAAAACAGUAUUUUAUUGUUAAGUUAGUUUUAAAAUCACCAAAAAUACAUAAAGCCAAAAAUGGACUAUGACUUCAAAAUGAAGGCUAUUGCUGAGCGAACAAAAGUUGAAGAUUUAUUUGAAUAUGAAGGUUGUAAAGUAGGCAGAGGAACUUAUGGCCAUGUGUACAAAGCUCGUCGAAGCACUAAGUCAGAUCCCAAAGAUUAUGCCUUAAAACAAAUAGAAGGAACUGGAAUUUCAAUGUCUGCUUGUAGAGAAAUUGCACUAUUAAGAGAACUAAAACAUUCGAACGUCAUCCACCUCCAGGGUGUGUUUUUGUCUCAUGUAGAUCGUAAAGUAUGGUUAUUGUUUGAUUAUGCUGAACAUGACCUUUGGCUGUUUUCAAAGCUGUGUUUCAUUGGUAAAUGAUCAAACCACAUGAUGUGGCACCAUUACAAGGUUUCAACCAAGAAAUGUACAAAAACUAAGGAAACACUUGAAAAUCAAGAAAUGGAUAAUAUAUUUUCAAAGGGUGAUAGGUUCUUAGUAAAAUAAUUAUUCUAUGAGAUUGGCAGAAAAAAUCUAAAAAUAAAAUCUACUUGUGCUUUGUUUUAUUUAUAGUCAAAAUUCUUUGCAGCUUUGCAAAAAUGAAAGUAUGAACAUUUUUAAAAAAUUUUUCGUGAAUUAUCCGAAAUAAAUGUCCAAGAAUAAAAUAUCAGUUUUAGUAUAUUUUUCAGUUAGAAUUGUUGAAAUAUCAUUAGAAUUGACAUGUAAAAUUAGCUUUCAAAUUUGUGUUUCAAUGUGUAUCAAGUAGCAAAAAAAUAUGAAAAGUCAGAGGAAAUCCUGUCUUCAGACUUGAGGCACAAUAAUUAGAAUUAUGUUACUUUCUUAACCCUAAACCUUGUAUGUGAAAAUAUACAGGCAAUGCAACUGCAUUUUUAACACUUAGAAACAAUAAAAUAUUUACUUGCUAUCAACUUGCAGCUUUUACAGUAAGAAAGAAAAUAUAUUUAAGCAGGUACAAUAUUUUGAUCACUAGUUUGACCAUACUCAAGUACACAGGUUUUAAUGGUAAAGAAGGUUUUUGUGCUUAAAUCAACAUUCAACAAUACGACAAUGUUUAUAAAUUACGUAAUCGAUAGUGGUUACUUGUGUGUGUGUGUAUAUGAAAAAGCAUGAAUUGACAGUUUAUUUAUUUUGUAGCUGAAAAGGAAAAAAAUGAUGAAUUUCAACAUGUGAAAGAUGUUUGAAAGAUUAGGAAGGAAUAUCUGGGGAAGUAAAAAUCAGAAAUAUAGUCAUACCUGACUAUUUGUUGUAAGCAGGUUCAUGUUUUAAUAUGGUGACAUUCUGUUGGAAAACUGUGGUUGUUUUUGUUCAUAUGUUCGUGUACAUGGAAAAGGGGCAUUUGGUGUCUUUUUAACCUGUUCAAAUUACUUCGUGUACAAAUUACUUCCUGCUUCACCCAUGUAAAAGGAAAGAUAAUUGCUAAACUGUAUUUUGUAAAAGUUUCAUGGUGGGUUAUAUAAUUUUCAU